CAUGGCUUUAGAGGGGUCACCAGCCGCUGGCACACCAAGAAGCUACCCCGCAAGACCCACAGAGGGCUGCGCCUGGCAUCCUGCCCGAGUGGCCUCUCUGUGGCCCGUGCUGGGCAGAAGGGCUACCAUCACCGCACGGAGAUCAACAAGACAAUCUACAAGAUUGGCCAAGGCUACCUUGUCAAGGACGGCAAGCUGAUCAAGAACAAUGCCUCCACUGACUACGAUCUCUCAGGCAAGAGCAUCAGUCCUCUGGGUGGCUUUGUCCACUAUGGUGAAGUGACCAACGACUUUGUUAUGCUGGAAGGCUGUGUGGUGGGGACCAAGAAGCGAGUGCUGACUCUCUGCAAGUCCUUGCUGGUGCAGACCAAAUGCCGGGCUCUGGAGAAGAUUGAUCUCAAGUUCAUCGACACCACCUCCAAGUUUGGCCAUGGCCACUUCCAGACAAUGGAGGAGAAGGCGGCCUUCGUGGGACCACUUAAGAAAGACCGCAUUGCAAAAGAAGAAGCGACUGCUAAGGUGUCCCCUGAUUUCAUCGACCUCUGUGUGCCUUGGAUCCUGACCUUUAAGGCUCCCUGGUGCCAGGAUGUCUGCAACUGUUUUGGGGGCUACUGGGCCCUGCACAUAGCCUACCCCCACCCCCACCCCCACUCCACAGCCUAA